AAGUUUGUAACAGCCUUCCCUAAAUAAUGCAGCAGACUAUUGCUCUUUCUGAGAAUUUCCCAUGGAGACCAUUCCUUUCAUCUUAUUUUGCUCUCUAAUCUCAUUCUCACUCCUUGAAUCCUCCUCUGCAGUUGAUACCUUAAGUCCAAAUCAAUCCCUUAUCUCCGGUGGGACGUUGGUUUCCUCAGGCCAAACCUUUGUCCUAGGCUUCUUUUCGCCGAACGGUUCCAAAAGCUGGUUUUUAGGCAUAUGGUACAAGAGUUAUCCAGAAAUUGUGGUUUGGGUAGCAAACAGAGAAAAACCAAUACAAGAUUCAAAUGGAACUUUAAUUAUCAAUAGCCGCGGAAAUCUUGUCCUUCUCAAUGGAUCAAACAGUAUCAUCUGGUCAUCAAAUUCUUCAAGAAGUGUGCAAAAUUCAGUUGCACGGCUGUUGGAUUCUGGGAACCUUGUCCUUACAGACAAGAGUGAUACGGGUACAGAGAACUAUACAUGGCAAAGCUUUGAUUACCCGUCUGAUACACUUUUAGCCGGAAUGAAGUUUGGUUGGGACUCAAACUCGGGGUUAGAUCGGUAUUUGACUUCAUGGAAAGAUGCCAGUGACCCUUCUCCUGGAGACUUCACUUAUAGACUUGAUAUUGGAGGGCUGCCUCAGUUUUCUCUUCGGAGAGGAUCCGAGAAGAAGUACCGAAGUGGGCCUUGGAAUGGAGUUCAAUUUUCUGGUUCGGGUAUUAAAUCAACCGCGGUUUCUAUACCGAGUUUUUUGAAUGAACCAGAUGAGGUUUAUUAUAUUUAUGAGGCUAAGGGAGUCCUUACAAGGUUUAUGGUAAACAAUACGGGCUUGCUCCAGCGGUUUGUGUUAAAUAAAGGGAGCUCUAAAUGGGCUCUCAUGUUCACACUUCAGAAUGACUUGUGUGAUAAUUAUGGACAUUGUGGUGUAAAUGGCAUUUGUAAAAUUAACAAAGCACCAAUCUGUGAGUGCUUGCAAGGAUUUGUACCACAAUCGCAGAAUGAAUGGGGGAUUUUUGACUGGUCUAGUGGAUGUGUGAGAAGAAUUCCACUUGAUUGCCAAAAGGGAGAAGGAUUUAUUAAGGUGAAAAACGUGAAAUUACCGGACCUAUUAGAAUUUAGGGUGGACACGAGCAUGAAAACUAAAGAAUGCAGGGCAGAGUGUUUGAAGAAUUGUUCUUGUACGGCUUACGCUACUUUAGAUUCAAGUGGAAGUGGCAGUGGGUGUUUGAUGUGGUUUGAUGUUCUGCUUGAUAUUCGCAAGCUUGCUCAAGAAAAUGUUCAGCAGGAUAGUAUUUAUGUAAGGAUGCCAGCAUCAGAACUAGGUCCAGAUCUCAAUCAAAAGAAUGUACUUGUGAUCAUAGUAGUUGUAUCAGCAGUUUGUGGGAUGCUUUUCCUGAGCUUGUUAUGCUGGUGGAUAUUUUGGAAGAGGGGAAAGAAAAUAAGUCUGGAACCAGAAAAAGAAGACAUAGAAUUACCACUGUUUGAUCUGAUUACUAUUUCGACUGCCACUAAUAACUUCUCCAAUAAUCAUAAGAUCGGAGAGGGUGGAUUUGGUCAUGUUUACAAGGGUAAGCUGUCGAUUGGACAAGAAAUUGCAGUGAAAAGGCUUUCAAAGAGUUCUGGACAAGGUCUUCAAGAGUUCAAGAACGAAGUUUUAUUGAUUUCCAAGCUCCAACACCGGAACCUUGUUAGGCUUUUGGGCUGUUGCAUUGAAGGAGAAGAGAGGAUGCUAAUCUACGAGUAUAUGCCCAACAAAAGUUUGGACGACUUUAUUUUUGAUCAUAAUAAAAGAAAACUACUCCAAUGGCCGAAGCGAUUUGAGAUAACUAUGGGUAUUGCAAGGGGUAUUCUCUACCUUCACCAGGAUUCCAGAUUAAGAAUUAUUCACAGGGAUCUCAAAACCAGCAAUAUUCUACUAGAUUGUGAGUUGAACCCCAAAAUCUCAGACUUCGGCAUAGCAAGAAUUUUCAGUGGAGAUCAAGUAGAAGCAAAAACAAAGCGAGUAAUUGGGACAUAUGGUUAUAUGUCUCCAGAGUAUGCCAUUGAUGGCAAAUUUUCGGUGAAGUCGGAUGUCUUCAGUUUGGGUGUGCUUUUGUUGGAGAUAGUGAGUGGCCAAAAGAACAGGAAAUUUCAUCAUUCAGAUCACCAUCACACUCUUUUGGGACAUGCAUGGUUAUUGUGGAAGGAAGACAAGGCACUGGAGUUGAUGGAUUCAUGUUUAGAGGAUUCGUAUGUUCAAUUUCAAGUACUGAGAUGUAUUCAAGUAGGCCUACUAUGUGUUCAGAAACUCCCAGAAGACAGGCCAGCAAUGCCGGCUGUAGUUUUCAUGUUGGGGAAUGAAGGGGUGACAUUGCCUCAACCUAAGCAGCCUGGUUUCUUUGUAGAAAGAAGCUCCGCCGAUUUAGAUACCUCAACCGAAGGGACAUAUUACACUCAAAAUGACAUAACAAUAACACUGCCAGAAGCCAGAUAAAAGAUACAUCACCAUAGAGGAGUUGAUUGUAAAACCCAUGCUCAAGGAAUUCAAAGGCUGUGAUAUAUGCAAAGAGUGUUUUAUGUUGAUAUACAAGUAUAGAUUUUGUUUUUUGUGUUUUUUUUUUUUUUGUAUUCUCCUGAAUGUUGGAAGCUAGAGAAAAGGUGCAUAAUUUUCAAGAAGCGGAUAUAUUGUAAAUUGCUAGUUCAAGGAAAUUAAAGACUGACAUGUGU